AUGAACUACAGUAUUUUAGUUCAGAUCNGAAGCUGGAAUGACAGUGGCUAUGGAGCUUGUUCUGGAGGUUGGGUUGGUAUCAAGUGUGCCCAGGGACAGGUUAUUGUGAUCCAGCUUCCAUGGAAGGGGUUGAAGGGGCGUAUCACCGAGAGGAUUGGCCAACUUCAGGGGCUAAGAAAGCUUAGUCUCCACGAUAACCAAAUUGGUGGUUCGAUCCCUUCAUCACUGGGAGUUCUUCUCAAUCUGAGAGGGGUUCAACUCUUCAACAAUAGGUUCACAGGCUCCCUCCCUCCUUCGUUAGGUUCAUGUCCUUUGCUUCAGUCUUUAGACCUCAGUAACAAUCUGCUCAGCGGGACAAUCCCGAUCAGCCUUGGGAAUGCCACUAAGCUUUAUUGGCUUAACUUGAGCUUUAAUUCCUUCUCUGGCCCAAUACCAACAACCUUAACUCGCUUAACUUCUCUCACUUACAUAUCUCUUCAACACAACAAUCUCUCGGGUUCUAUUCCUAACUCGUGGGGUGGUAGCUUCAGGAACCAUGUCUUUCGCCUCCAAAAUCUGAUCCUAGAUUAUAACUUCUUUAGUGGCACCAUUCCUGCUUCUUUGGGCAACUUGAGUGAACUCACAGAGAUUUCUCUCAGUCAUAACCAGCUUAGAGGACCUAUCCCAAAUGAAAUUGGAAGCCUUUAUAGACUUAAGACGGUAGAUUUUUCUAGUAAUUCAUUGAACGGAAGCUUGCCCGCCACUCUCUCUAAUGUGUCCUCUCUCACUCUCUUGAAUGUAGAGAACAACCACCUAGGUAAUCAAAUCCCAGAAGCCUUGGGCAGAUUGCACAAUCUAUCUGUUCUGGUUCUGAGCAGAAACCAAUUCAGUGGCCAUAUUCCUCAGAGUAUUGGAAACAUGUCAAAGCUUACACAGCUUGAUUUGUCAAUGAAUAAUCUCAGUGGAGAAAUUCCAGCAUCCUUUGAAGAUCUGAGUGGUCUUAAUUUCUUCAACGUUUCUCAUAACAACCUCUCUGGUCCGGUUCCAGCCCUACUUGGGCAUAAAUUUAAUUCAAGCUCAUUUGUGGGAAAUAUUCAGCUAUGUGGAUAUAGCCCUUCAACCCCAUGUCCCUCGCCAGCUCCUUUUGGUUCACCUAAAGAAAAAUCAGAAAACCAUCGACACAAAAAACUAGGCACCAAAGACAUAAUUCUCAUAGUAGCAGGAGUGCUCCUUGUUGUCCUGGUAACACUUUGCUGCAUUCUGCUAUUCUGCCUGAUCAGAAAAAGAACAGCAUCGAAUGCAGAGGGUGGCCAGGCCACAGGGAGAGCAUCUGCAUCUGCUGCCACGACAGAAAAAAGAGUCCCUCCUGUCGCAGGUGAAGCUGAAGCUGGUGGUGGUGAGGCCGGAGGUAAACUAGUCCACUUUGAUGGACCAUUGGCUUUUACAGCUGAUGAUCUCUUGUGUGCAACAGCAGAGAUAAUGGGAAAGAGUACGUAUGGAACUGUUUACAAGGCUACAUUAGAGGAUGGAAGUCAAGCUGCAGUUAAACGAUUGAGGGAAAAGAUUACGAAAGGUCAAAAAGAAUUCGAAUCUGAAGUUAGUAUUAUAGGAAGAAUUCGACACCCAAAUCUUCUGGCAUUGAGAGCCUAUUACUUGGGACCCAAAGGAGAAAAGCUUCUAGUAUUUGAUUACAUGCCUAAGGGAAGUCUUGCUUCUUUCCUACACGCUCGUGGGCCCGAAACAGCCAUUGAUUGGCCAACAAGGAUGAAAAUAGCGCAGGGAAUGGCUCGUGGCUUGCUAUACCUUCAUUCCAAUGAAAAUAUUAUUCACGGAAACCUUACGUCCAGCAAUGUGCUGCUGGAUGAGUAUACGAAUGCUAAAAUAGCUGAUUUUGGCCUUUCUCGGUUGAUGACAACUGCUGCUAAUUCUAACGUGAUUGCCACUGCUGGGGCAUUGGGAUACCGAGCACCUGAGCUCUCGAAGCUUAAGAAAGCCAACACAAAAACUGACGUAUACAGUCUUGGUGUCAUCUUGUUAGAACUCCUAACGGGGAAGCCACCUGGUGAGGCUUUGAAUGGCGUGGAUUUACCUCAGUGGGUUGCCUCCAUUGUCAAAGAGGAGUGGACAAAUGAAGUUUUCGAUGUAGAGUUGAUGAGAGAUGCUUCAACAUAUGGCGACGAAAUGCUGAACACGUUGAAGCUUGCUUUGCACUGUGUUGAUCCUUCUCCAUCAGCACGACCAGAAGUCCAGCAAGUCCUUCAGCAGCUUGAAGAGAUUAGACCGGAGAUAUCAGCCAGUUCGGGUGACGAUGGAGCCAUCCCUUCCACCAGUGAAUGAGUAUUAGGACUAACGUAGUAGAGUAGCUAGUUUAUUAUUCUUUCAUUCUUAACAUCAAUUUCUUUUUGCCUGCUAGGAAUUCUAGUGUCUGUAUAUAUAGUAGUGUGCUUAAAUCUGUAAGUGUUCUCUUUAACACUUAUUGGUUCAUUUUAAUAUAAACUAUAUCUGGUUUGCGUUAAA